GUUAGGGAAGGAACCAGUCUAAACCUGUACACGUUUUGCGGGAAAAUCGUUUUGGACUCUGCAUGCAGCUAUGCACCAGACUUUGGCUGUUGCGUGAAAUGCGGAAGUUCUAAACCCAGCAAUGUCUGCCAGUGCCACGGCGCCAGAUUAACAGCCCGCAGGUUGAGGAAAAACAAUGAAGCAUUCUCCAAGAAAAAUCGAGUGACUAUAGUGGACAGAAUCUCUCUGUACAGGACUAGCGGUGCAAAAGUCAAACAAUGAGUAAACAACAAACCCUGUUCCAUCACUUUGCCAGUGGAACAAAGACCAAAAGCCCUAGAAAAGAAAAUGGUAAUGUUACUCUUCAACCAGCAAGAGGUCAGGAGGCCAUCAACCAGGACGAUGUCACAGAGAACUUUGACGAUGACCUUCUCUUGGCUGCUUGCCAAGACUGGGAAGAAACCACACUUAUCCACCCGGCCAACGAGAGCAGUAUUGACAGGGCUUCUAAGCAAGAUCAAGCUCAACAGAACGUUCCUUGGAAGACCCGGUUACCAUCAGGACAAUCCCCCCAGAAUCAGCCUGUUCCCACGGCAACCCAGUUGGAGGACCUUCCGGGAUUCGACGCAUCCGCCGGAGAGAUCUGGAUCUACCCAACUAAUCUCCCAGUCCGAGACUACCAGUACAACAUCGUUCAGCAGGCGUUGUUCAGAAACACCAUGGUGUCGCUGCCCACGGGGCUGGGCAAGACGCUUGUGGCCGCAGUGGUCAUGUAUAACUUCUACCGCUGGUACCCAGAAGGCAGGGUGGUUUUCAUGGCUCCCACCAAGCCCUUGGUAGCUCAACAAAUCGAGGCUUGCCACAACGUGAUGGGCAUUCAACAGUCUGAUAUGGCUGAGAUGACAGGUAAUAUGCCACCAGCUGAACGCCAGAAGGCGUGGCACAAAUGCCGCGUGUUCUUCCUGACUCCUCAGGUCCUGAUGAAUGACUUGAGUCGCAGGGCGUGCCCGACGCAGCUAGUCAAGUGUGUGGUGGUUGAUGAAGCCCACAAGGCGCUGGGAAACCAUGCUUACUGCCAGGUUGUGCGGGAGUUGUCCAAGUAUUCCAGUGAGUUCCGAGUAUUGGCUCUAAGUGCUACACCAGGCAGUGAUCUCAAGGCAAUCCAGCAGGUCCUUACCAACCUGCUCAUCUCCCAUAUCGAGAUACGCUCAGAGGACUCCAUUGACAUCCAACGCUACGUCCACGAACGUAAAGUGGAGAAGGUUGUGGUUCCACUGGAUGAAGAGCUCAAAGCUGUCCGGGAUCAGUACCUGCGGAUUCUGAGUGUGUACGUCGGUCGGUUGACACGCUGUGGAGCCCUGUAUAACAAAGACCCGGCCAGCUUGACCAAGUUCCAGAUCCUGCAGUCUAGAGAUGCCUUCCGUCAAGACCCGCCCCCUCAGGUCAAGUCUCGCGGUGUCGUGGAGGGUGACUUUGCCAUAUGCAUCAGCCUCUACCACGGCUUUGAGUUGCUCCUCCAGCACGGCCUACGCUCUCUCUACAGCUUCCUCCAUAGUACCGUGGACAGCGACAAGGGAUUCUCCCGAACUCGACAGGAGCUUCUGAGGAACGCGGAGUUUGUCCAGCUGAUGGAUGCGCUCAGGGAUAAGUUUGGCGGAGGAGAGGAGACUGAUGGGUUGACAAAUAGGAGUGGGCUCUUCUCCGUACCAGGGACACCUAGAGUCAAAGAGGUGAAGCCGUACGUCACCAGCCACCCGAAGAUGGCCAAACUACAAGAAAUUGUUCUGGAACAUUUCCGACGGUUUUCAGCUAAUAAAGCAGAAUCUCCAAGCGCUGACAGGCCAUCCACAAGUAAACAGCAUCCGCAACCCGCGGCGCCCCAGUCCACACGAGUCAUGAUCUUCGCUCAGUAUCGGGAUAGCGUGAACGAGAUCGCGGAGAUGUUGAACAGGCACAGGCCCCUGCUGCGUUGCAUGGGGUUUGUAGGGCAGGCAUCCACCGGCAAGAACAGCAAGGGAAUCAGCCAAAAGGAACAGCUCAGGGUUGUCAAGGAGUUCAGGGAGGGCGGCUACAACACUCUAGUCUGCACCUGUGUAGGGGAGGAAGGCCUGGACAUCGGUGACGUUGACCUGAUCGUCUGCUACGAUGCCCACAAGAGCCCCAUCCGCCUGGUGCAACGGAUGGGACGGACCGGUAGGAAGCGCCAAGGACGCAUUGUCAUGCUGGUCACUGAAGGAAAGGAGGCGGCUAUUUACGACAGGAGCCAGUACAGCAAGAAGGGCAUCGUUAAGGCUCUGCAGGGCAAUGCCCGAUCCCUCCAGCUGUACCCUAACAGCCCUCGCAUGGUGCCCCGGGGUCUCAACCCAGCACCCCAUAAGAUGUUCAUCACCGUCAAGGCAUUCAUGAAUAAGGAAGCCAAGCGGAGAUCAGCCGUUGGGGCAAGCAGUGAGACGAGAAUGGAGUCCUUCUUAAACAAGGCGAAGAGCACCAAGAAAUCCAGUGAGUUUCUGAGCCCUGAAGAGCUGGCUUACUGGAGUGCCAACUACAAACUGGAUGCUGCCGAGAAAGAGAGCCUGCCGUCCAUGCCUGAUAGAGGGCGCUUUAUCACACUUGGGGACAAGGACAAACAGCAUUCUCGAGGAGGAAAAAGCAGUCAUCCAGAAAUGUCGCUAUCAGAGUGGUCCCCUUGGCAGAUGAGUAAGCAGCCUGUCCGACUAGUUCAGCACUCCCACCGUUGCCACCAGUUUGUAGAGCUCAUGGAGUUCAUCGACCUCCAGAACAUGACAGAGGGAGAUGACAUCUACGGUCUCGAGAUGCAAACUUACCUGGACCAGGACGACAUCAUCCGACCAAGAAAGACAGGAAUCGAGAAUUAUUGCACAAAAUUGCCGAAGGAUCCAUCCGAUGAUGGUGACCAUCUCAAGAAGGCGAGCAAGUCAAAACCGCAAGAGCCAUCUCUUCUUGAUACUGUAGAGGAGACCUCUCUCAGAUCUGUUGGUAAGAAGCCAGGACACGAGAGAGCAAAACGGAAAAAUCGGCCCAUGGAACUCAUGUCCAGCCCGUCUGAGAGCAAUCAUAGUGAUGAUUACCUCCCAGAUGUCUUCCAAGACGAGAAUGCGAAUCUGGUACUUCCUGAGGAACACAGCAAAAUAUCAACAAGUGCUGAGACAAAUGGAAUGAGGUCAGGCACAAGAAGCAAGAAGGGGAAGGCCAACGAGUCCUCUACAGCAGACAAGCCCAGAAAGCACAAACAGAAGCGCAAGCAUCUCAGACCGGUGAUGGACAGCUCCGAUGGUGAUGACGACUUUACAAGCAACCUCAGGCAGGAAAGAGCAUGUGGAGAUAUGAAGACAAUUUCUCUUGAAAGGGACCCAAAAGUGGCUUCCUCUGAAUUGGAUUCUGCAUUGGAUGAGGCUCAUGGUUCUCCGAAUCACAAGGGAACAGAUGUGAUUUAUGAUACUCCAGAACCCAUGGAUACGGACAGCGAUAAUUUCCUGAUUUUCAAAAUUCCAAAGAAAACAUCUGAGCCAGUACCAGGUAAUGAUCUUUCAAGCAGUCUUUUGAACAAAACAGAAGAUGACCUGUCAUUUAUGUUUCCGACCCAGAGCGUAUUCUUCCCAUCUUCCUCGAAAAAGGAUGACCCAAAACCCUCAGAGAUCAGGACAGGUGCAGGGAAGUCUGUGAUACCCCCACCUCCUCCUUCGCUAGCGUCACUGGACCUGCUGGAUGACAUCGACACAACCUUUAACCUAAGUCAACAUUUCCAGAGUGAAUCCAAUCAUUUUGGAGGUCAGCGAGAACCCAAAAACCAACCUACAAUACUCGCAUCCUGUGAGGGUUCUUUCAAAGUUGGAGACACUCCAUCUGUGGAGAAGCUUCAAGAAUCCCAAGCGAAUGAAUCAAAACUUGAGGAAUCUUUGGAGGAAGUUUCAUUCGGUGCUUUGAAAGACGUUAAUGGAAUUGUCUCCGAUGAGCAGUCCAAAACGUUUACUAACCGAAACCGAUCCUCGCAUGAUGGAGAUGAGGAGAUUCAGAUUGAAACAACUGAUAAUGACGAGCUUAAGAAAAACCAAUUAAAAUCUUUAGGAGAAAUUGAACCCCACUUUGACUUAAACGUGGAUUUUACAUUCAUCUCCUCUGAUGAAGAAGUUGAAAUGUCAGAACAGCAGGAUACCAACAAAGACAAAAGGUCUUCUAUUGAGAAACCGUCCAAUCGAGAUAACGAUGUUGAAGAAAUAGAUUUGGAAAACGUUGGUGAUGAUAAUCUUGAAAGUAUAUUUGGUACACCACAAGCAUUUGAUGUGGAAACCCCCAUGGUGGAGUCUACCCUUACAGCUUCAGUCAUUCCUGCUGUUAAUUUGCUUCAAGCAUUUAAGUUAGCAGGAAAAGAGACACCUUGCAAUAUCUCCAUGGCUAAAAGUAGAAAGCCCCUUCAGAGCAGGGUCUCUAAGAGACCAUCCUCAGCAACGCCAGAAACUCCCAAGUCUGGACUCGGAGCAAGGACAAAGACUUCAUUUGCUGGGAGACUUAACAGUGAUGAAACAAAUGGUCCAAGCUGUGCAGGAAAUGAAAAAUUUGACUCGAGGAGGGAGUUGGAUUUGGAGAUCCCGGAUGCAUCGAAAAUUGGAUUGUCUUCGUUGGAAGUUGGCAGGGGUCGGGUCCAGCAAGAGGAAGACCCUGCCGAGACGGAGAAGCUACGGAUGGAGGUUCUAGGAUCAGCUGAGCCAAAGUUUGACCUGGGUUUUGAUCUGGAUAGUCUUGAAGAAGAUGGCUCCGGAGAAGAGGAUGACAUUGUUGCACCCUCCCCAAACAUGGAACGGCAGCAGGAAUACAUCAACCUCAGCCAAGUUGCCAUUCCAAAGGGACAACUUGGCUCCUCUGUAUCCAGGGGGACCAACAGAUUCCAGGCAAGGAUCUCCUCCACUCCUGUUUCAAAGGCCGAUUCUCAACUCAAGUCAGUGCCCUGUACUGAUUUUCUCUCUCCAAUAGCAACAGACAGGAAGCCAGUAACAGAAGGCUGCCCCGGUUUUGAUGCUCAUCCACCAAAUUUAAGAGUGAAUGAAUCUGAGUCCUCACAAAUCACCCCAACCAAAAAUAAAGUCACUGAACCUGCAAGAAGGCAAGGACAAAUGCGUAAAAGUUUGAGUCUUAGUAAAAAGAGCCCACAGCAGCUCCAAACUGUAAAAUAUUGCGAUGUUUCAUCCCCUUCAUCCAGUCAAGUCCAACGAAAUGUAACAGAAGAUGCAUUGCCCCACCCAGCGAGAGGAACUUGUGAAGCCGAGGUGAGACAAAGCACUAACGUGAGAUUGACGGUCCUGGGAAAGAGGAAGAGUGCACCAGUCACAAAUCUGGCCGAUGAAAGUCCCAUUGGAGUAAAGCGUCGAAUGUCGGAACCGGCUAAGGCUUCUCCCAUACAGUCUAUAGUGCAUUCUAGCCCAGAUACUGGAGUGUUCAGCUUAACGGAUGCAAGAAUUGGGCCAGAUGAUCUGGGUGAGAUGGAGACUGUCGAAGGAGAAGUGAUUGUCUUGGAUGAGGAAGAUAAAAAGGAAGUGGAGGAGCCAAUAAAAGAUCAAGGCAGGAAAGGUGCAGGUCCCACUGACUAUCCUCCAGUGGACAUUGAUGAGAACGAGGAACUCAGCCAGCCUAUCCAGCGCAGGAAACGACGCAAGGCGGUGGCCUUACAAUCCCCACCGACACCUUCGUUCAAGACCCCUGUCAGGCCUGCUACUGGUGGAUCCGCCAAGAAAACAACACGUGCCAAGCCAUUGGUUUUCAGUAGUGACGAUGAUCUGGAGUCGCCUUUGAUCAGAAGGCCAAAGAAACGAAGACAGAUCAUCAUGACACCGGUUAUAGAUGAGGCUGACGAGGAUUUUAUUGAUGAGAGCUCCUGCAAGAAGGACACUUUCGUAGUCGCAACGAGAACUUCCAGCGAGAAAACACAACACACGGCGGGCAAAGACCUACAGAUGAACAGAAUCAAGAAACAGACCAAGAAGAACAAGAUUGCCUCCAGCUUUGCCCGAGGCUUUCUAGAAGAGGACGUUGUGGUCUCAGAUGGCGAGGAGUAUUCCAGUGACGAGGAGGGCAGUGAUCUGGACAACUCACUGGAAGGAUUCAUCAAUAACGCCUCCCAGCUAACCCAAGCCUCGCAGUCUAUGCUCAGGGUGGAUGACAUGCAUGCCGUCUAUAUGCAGUCAGUCCGCAGUCCAGCAGGAGGCGGCAUAUUGCAUCCCGACCGCAAUCGCUUCAAGAUGGUCCAUCUUGAAGGGCAACAACCCGUCCCAGAAGACAUGGAAAUCUUCUCCCAAGUCCCUGUCCAAGAUGAGAGCUACUACGAAAACAGUUUUGUGGUCCGUGAGGGGGAAGGGGAUGGAGGAGGGAUGCCAAGGGGAUCGAGGGAGCAAUUUGAUGAGAGCAUCUUUGAGAACACCAUCAACCCUGACAACAUCAUCUCAGCCAGACGCAGGAGGAGGAGAAACCAAGGACCAAGCCGGGCAGAGCAGAUCUUAAGGGAAGGAAGGCGGAAGGUACUCAUGUCAUCCUCAUCGACAUCAACGAGCAACGAAGAGACGGACGCGGAACAGAGAAGACGGGACAAGAAGAUGCAGUCAAGAGACAAGAGGAGGGGCCAGAAGGUAUCUGGUCUUGGUGCCACACAUUCAGUGGAGAACCCUGACUCAUCAGGAUGGCUAUCCACUGACAAGAGUAGCAAGCAAAAAUCUUCCAGUCUUGUCGGACCGAGAAGGGGACCUGUUAAUUAUCCUCAAGUUUCACCUGUGAAACGUACCAAUGUCCUCCAUUCAACGAAAGACUCUGUGAGGACUUACACUUUAGAUGGUGAAGACGAAUCUCAAGUUUUCAACGAGGAGCACAAGCAAGGUGGAUCCUUCCCAAGUCAAAGCCAGGGUUCCGUCACCCGGCACUUUCUCGCUGGGAACACACAACAGAGCAACUCUUGUCCUAAUGUGGUGCCAAAUCUGAAACCGGUAUCUGGGACUAAUAGACCAACAAGCUCCAUCAGCAAAACAGCUGAGGUUGCCAGUAAUGGACUGACAUUAGCCGAGAAGGAAAGAGCUGAACGGCUGAGGAGACAAGAGGAGAAGAAGAGAGAGUUCAUGUGGAAAAUGGAAGAGCGGAAAAGGCAACAACAGCAACAACAACACAAGCAGUCUCAGGAACAAGUACACUCUCAACAGCAGAGGGAUCAGCUAAAACCAGUUGUGCAGCACUUCCAACAACAGCCACAACAACAGCUUCAUCAAGUCAGUAGUAAGCAACAACAUCAACAACUAGAUGCACAUCAGCAGCAAACACUUCCACAGCACCAACAUCAGAAAUCUGAGAUCUUUGCUGGCAGAUCAUCUCACAGUGCAGGACCUGGCAUAAGUGAGGUGCGAUUAAAGAAGAUACAUCAACAAGCCCAAAAUUCCUCCUUGGAGCAACAUCAACAUCUGCAGCAACGGCAGAAAUUCAAACAGACCUUUGAACAGCAACAACAACCGUUAGUAAAAAAGAACAAUGUUCAGCAGCAGAAAGCUGAGAUGUAUGCUGGCAGAGCAGCUAACAGUGCAAGAGCAAGCAGUAGAGAAGUACAAGUGAAGAAGAUGCAUCCACAAGCCAAAAGCUCCUCCUUGGAACUCAGAACACCACCAAGCAGCAAUGCAAGUCUUGCUGCUUCAGCAGUGAGUGCGCCAACCCAUAAACUCAGAGGAAACACCUCUACAGUGAUUCCAGCAGCUACCAUGCAAGGAUCCAGAAGCCCUCCUAUGUCACCCAGCUCCAUGCGGCUGAUCGGUAAAAUUACACUUGCUGGGUCCCAAGACGCCGUGAAUCGAGGCAAGCCAGUCAUCCUCAUUGACUCUAAGGAACUGUCUAGCUCCUCCCACAUAGUAUCCACCCUGACCCUCAAGCAUAACCUUAAUCCUCUCAUCUGUCAACUGAGCGGAUGUGAUUACAUCGUCAGUGCCCGCAUGGGAGUUGAGAAGAAAUCCAUGUCUGAUUUUGGGAAUGGAGCCAAUAAGACCAAGUUGAUUGACAGAGUGAGGCACCUGUGUGAGCUGUUUGACAGACCCUGUAUAAUCUUGGAGAAAGAUCGGAUCAAACCAGGAGACGAGAAGAAACCAAAACAAAUAAUUCGAACCAAGUACUUUGACAGCACGUUAGCCGCUCUGAGCAAGACACACAUCAAGGUGUUAUACUCGGAUUCACUGGAUGACACUGCAAGGAUCCUGGCCGAUUUGGUCCGCAUCGAGAUGAGAAAAGGGGAGGGGCUGGCCCCACCUACUACAAGGAAUUCCACCCAGGAACAGGUCUUCAAGUUUUAUCAGUCGCUUCCUCGAGUCAACUAUGCCACUGCCUUGUCACUCAUGAGAGCAUUUCCCUGUGUUCAGCAACUCAUCAACAGUACCCCUGAGCAGCUGAAGAAAGCCGCCAACAUUUCCCACCAGAGAUCGGCGGAGAUUUGUUGUUUCUUGCAGCAUCAGUUUGACGAGCAGAUGAUAAGCUUAUCUUCUGGCAGGUGACAAGGGGGACCACGCGAACAAAUCCUACUUUCAGGAAGAAACCUCCAACAUCUGCUGCAUCACGGUCCAAGCAAAUCUCUGUCUUCAAAGUUAAGACUCCCUACUGGCAAAUUGAAUAUACCGUCCUUUAUACAUGUAGUGUGCAUUCGAGUAGCUCACCCGGAUCGACUGAGGUAAAAGCAGACGGGUUAGCCUCAAGAGCCAUGCUAAAAACGAAUGCUCAAACGCAGGCCAUCAGUUGACAUCCAUAGCCAUUGACAAAAUACCUUCAUCAGACUUUUGAGAUCUGCGGCAUUUCCGUCAAUCACAAAAGGUAACAACUUCAGUCUGGAAUUAAAGCCUCUAAAGUUGCACUGAAAUAAAUAACUAAUUAUGUUUAGAUUUCAAAAAAAGUUGAUAUUUGGGUCAACUUGAUCUUUUCUGCUGUCUGGCGCCGCUAUAUUUGUCCGUUCCUUGGAAUGACCAACUCAUGCAUGUGAGGUAUUUCCACCACUGACUCUGCUCCAUGAGAAGGGUCUGUGGUGGCUGACCCGGGUCAGCCCCGAGAAUGACGUCAGACCUAAUCGAACGGCACGGGGCUGACCUGUGUCGACCCGGGUGAGCUAAUCGAACGCACCCAAUAUAUGCCAAUACUGAAAAUGAUGUUAUACAACUGGCUCCCAUUAAAGUAAGGUACACACUUCGUUCAUAGUUGUUUUUUAAGCAGCUGAGACUGAUGGUAUUAGCCUAUUUGAGAUAUGGCGCACUCAAUAGGGGGGCGCUGUUUGCUUUGGGUAAAUACAAAAGGCUUAUCCCAAAUCAAACAGCGCCCUCCUGUUGUGUCUGCCAUAUCUCCAGUGGGCUGAUUCAAAGGGUUAAAAUCAAUAUUACUUGAUUUUCAUAUGUUAUGUUGUAUUCACCUACAUGGUUGUUAUGAAAUUAUGAAUUACAUAUCAUUCUCAGAUGUUAGGUAAAAUUAUCAUGUUAUUGCAGUAAUACAUGUAUAAUCGUGUAACUGAUUCUGAUGUGUGUGGUUUUUUCCUGUUAAAGUUUAUUUAGAUGAACUUUUAUAAGAUUAAAAGUUGAUCAACAUGCUACAGACUCUUUUAAACAUUAACACUUUUGUCUUGAAAGAGUUUAGAAACGUUUCAUCUUUGAAAGAUUUGCACCACAUGUGAGAAAAGUAUGAUGGAUGAAAAGUAAGUGCAAAUUUGAAGAUGAAUUUACAGUACAGUAAAUCAGUGCACAGAAGCUGCACAAUGUUUUAGUUUUUGUUCCAUUACAGAUAAGAAACAAAUUUACUUUCACCUUUUACUAGUUCACUGAUGAACACAACUGAAUCAAACUGUUAGAACAGACGUGCCUUUGUACAACACUCAGAUGAACCCCAUCUAUGGAAACUGCCUGCCUUGGGGUAUUGUUUGUUUCUGUAGAAGUAGGGUGAAUUCAUUGAAACAAUACUGCAAAAUGUUUAAGACUCUUUGACUGGGAAUUUAAUUUACAGGCAUUAAAGGUAAUGGACACCGUCUGCCAAAAAGUGCAGUAAGUCUUAUUAGAAAUGUCUUUAUUAAAAACUCAAGUGUCAAAAUUUCAACUGGUAGCUAUUACACUUGUUGAGAAAAUCAUGAAAGAGCAUCUUCAUUUUUUUCAAAGCAAAGCAAGGUUUCCGAUGAAAGCCCUCCCUUCCAAAAUGUUGA